AUGCGGUCCGUAUUGGUGAGCCUCAUCGUCCUCCUACUUGUUCCAUCCAGCUUCUCACAAAUGACCUUCACGGAUCAAUGGAGCAAAAAAAGCGAGCCCCCGUUUCCACGAUACAAACCAUUACUAAGUGAAUCCACGGAGCAUCAGAACUGUGAACCGGAAAAACUGUCGCAAGUGUUGAUACAGCUCGCGCGAGUCAACGAGAUCCAGAACACUCUCACCAGCUACCUUACCACAUGUUACCAGAAACGAACGUGA